AUGGCAAGAACCAAGCAGACGGCUCGCAAAUCUACCGGUGGCAAGGCACCUCGCAAGCAGCUUGCCACAAAGGCUGCAAGAAAAAGUGCUCCGGCUACGGGAGGCGUCAAAAAACCUCAUCGUUACAGGCCAGGUACAGUAGCUCUCAGAGAAAUCAGGCGCUACCAAAAAAGCACCGAACUGCUCAUCAGAAAACUGCCCUUUCAAAGACUGGUUCGUGAGAUAGCUCAAGAUUUCAAGACCGACCUUCGUUUCCAGAGUUCGGCAGUCAUGGCUCUACAGGAAGCAAGCGAGGCUUACCUGGUCGGCCUCUUCGAAGACACCAACCUCUGCGCCAUUCACGCCAAACGCGUCACCAUCAUGCCCAAAGACAUCCAGCUCGCCCGCAGAAUCAGAGGCGAACGUGCUUAA